AUGACAGGGAUCACAAUCAUAGGCGCGGGGAUUUACGGUGCGUAUGCCGCAAAGAAGCUCUCAAGCGUUCCUGGAUUAGAGAUCACCCUGAUCUCGAAAAAAAAUUAUAUCAACUUCGUCCCUUCAGUUCCGAGAAACUUUGUUACUCAGAACCUGAACGGAUACUCCAGAGCUCUCGAGGAGGUUUUUGGCGACUCGGUCAGGCUGAUUUAUGACGAGGCCGUCAGUUUUGACGAAUCGAAGGUGACCACGCGCAAAAAUGGAGAUGUCGCAUUUGACGUUCUGAUUGUUGCCACGGGAUCAAUACUUAGCCGCGAGUUCGAGCUACCGGACACCGUUGAUUCUGCAAUUGAACAUUUCACGAAGGAGUUUGAACAGGUACAGCGCGCAAAGAACAUCACCGUUAUUGGUGGCGGAAUUUCGGGCUGUGAGCUGACGGGAGAGCUGGCACACAACUUCAAGGACGAAAUAGCCAAGGGCGAAAAAAGAAUUAAUUUGAUACACUCCAGCACGAACGUCUUGUCGAACAAUGAGGUCGAUUCCGUUAGACGGAGCGUCCAGUCCCAGCUAGAAGACAUGGACGUCAAGCUCUACCUUGGUCAAAGAGCAACUUUGGACGGAGAUAAGGUCUAUGUUGGAUCCGAGGAAGUCCCCACCGACCAUAUUAUAUGGACCACGGGAGUGAAGCCAAACACACCAGACUCGCCACUGGAAGGACUCAAGAACGAAAAGGGUGAAAUCAAAGUCAAGCCAACAUUCCAGACUCUGGCUAGCCCUAAUAUUUUUGCAAUUGGAGACUGUGUUAAUUUCGUCAUCAAGGCAGUGGCUCCGCUGAAAAAGUGGAAUUCUGUUUUAGUCGACAAUGUGAUCGCCUAUGCCCAGAACAAGCCGCUCACGAAGCAGGUUGUGCCGCCUACAGAGAACGACAAGCCGACUUGUGGUGUCAGCCUGGGUCCGGAGCACGGAGCAGGCCAAUUAGCCACGCCGUUCGGCACUUUCCCCAUGCCGGCAUUUUUGGUCGUGCAGGCCAAGUCCAAGACCAUGUUUAAGGGAAAACUGAGCGAGCUCUAA